AUGUCACUUGAUCUCCUGCCUGCAGAAUUGAUACUCGACAUCGUCGAGCACCUGGAUCCCGGCUCAGCACUCCCCUUUGCGCUCACCAGUAGAGCGCACUUCAAACUGCUCGAAGAUAAACUGUGGCAGCAUGCGAAACUUUCGGCGACAUACUCAAAUAUUCGACCGACUAACGAUGGACACCUCAUUUGGGAGGUUACCAAGGAGAUCUUGCAGGAUCCGCGCAAGGGCUGGUAUGUCAGAGAAUUGGAUCUCGGCACCAACCGACCAAGCGAGUACGAGAACAUGUCAGAAGAGGAUAGGGGUCUAUUCAAGGCGGCAAUUGAAAAGAUCAUGCCUCUCUAUCCAUAUUCGCCGGGUUUCUUUGCCGAUGACACCGAUGCAACGGAUUUGAGUGAUAAGAUGGAUGACGAUCUGCGCAGCGGUUUCGAAGGGUGCAUUCUUGUACUCUUGGUCCAUCAUUCGCCACAGCUCCGCAUGAUCCGAAUGACCGAUAAUCUGAAGAGCUGGACGUUCGAGUUAUUCAUUCAUUGGGUCGCCGCUGCCUACCAGGACCCAUCUCUGGCUCCACAGAUGCCAUUGCAGCAUCUACGCCUUGCUGCGAUCACACAUCAUGAUCCAGAAAGCUUUUGCACCGUCGAUUGGGCUGUCAACUUCCUAUGCAUCCCAUCGCUGAAGACCUUCGCCGCGUUCAUGAUGGGUAGCGAGGGUGCUCAUAUGUAUGGAGAAGAGUAUGAAGCAGGUUUGCGCAUGAGUGCAAUUACUCCAGUAUCCAACGUGGAAGAGCUCUUCUUCCAAGGUUGCGCGUUUGAUGCGAACAGUUUCGAUACAAUCCUACCCUUGAUCAAGGACUUGAAGAGAUUUACUUACAAUGCCGGCGAUUACACAGUCCCUGGUGGCAGGUAUGACACGCACUUGUACAACGGGAAGAAGGUCAUUAGAGCCCUUGUGAACCAUGCUGCCGACUCGCUGGAGGAACUCAAUCUUGUAGAUAUCUCAGCAGGUUACGUGGAUGGAGAGGAUGGUGUUGGCUUUGUAUCAGCUCGAGGCUUUAAGAAGCUGAAAGCUCUGCACUGCGAAUUGGGAUGGUUAUUACACGACCCGAAAGAUAUAUCAACAGAUGGAAGUUCCUCAGAAGAUCAUCACUCUAUGGAUGACUUCGACGAAGAGGGCCUCGCGUAUCUGAAAGACCCUAGGGAUAAUCUUCCCGAAUCGCUUGAAUACUUGUACCUGGAUAUCUACAACAAGCGCGAGCUCGAGGAGAUUGUGAAGAUAUUCGAGACGUCAAAUGCGAACACGCCGAAGCUUACAUUGGAGAGCAGCUGUAUAGAACGAUUCAGCAAAUCUAUAAAGUACGGACGUGCGGUUGAGCCUCAACUCCAGUUCGCUAACCCCUUAUUUGAUGACAUCUGGAGAGGCCACAGCCACUUCGUCUAG